AUGGACGCGGAACAUAGUGAUGAUUGGGGUAUCGGUGGUGAAUUGGAAUUGGCUCAAGACUUCGAAGUUAUCGAUCUGAAUGAAUUUGAUUCUAGUUGUGGUUACAUUUCGGAAGCAGAUGACUCAACAUAUAUCUCUUCGUUUCUUAAUGGUCUCGUAACUGAUGAAACUCUUUAUUCACGAUAUUUGAAUGGGAUUAUCAGUUUUGAUGAUUUGAUGCGUGAAAUGAACCACUCUACUACUCUGGAUAAUGAUUCUUGCCACAGUAGUGAUUCAGACUGUUCUAGCAAAAACGACGAUUCUGAAUAUUCUACACGACCUAGGAGAUCUAAAAGACGACAAAAUCCUGAUACAGCUGGAAAGAAAAAACUGAAAUUAAGAGGACCACUUAUUUCUAAACGUGCUCGCUUACCAAUUGAGUUAGCACAAUAUCUUGGAGAAGCUGAAAGACAUUUGAACAAUGAUGAAUUUGAACACGCUGAACGUAUUUGCUAUCAGAUCAUUGACACAGCUCCCCAAGCUUCCCAACCAUAUAUUGUUUUGGCCGAAAUUAGUUUUCGUCGUGGGAAUCAAGAAAAAGCCAAAGAAGUGAGUUUAACCGAAUUAAACAGUUCAUUUUAUAGUUGA